UUCUUUCUAUUCUUCAAUACUUUAUACUUGCUCACUCUUUCCUCUACAAAUAGAAGCUAAAGAACUCAAGAAGAGAGACGCGCUCCUCUCCAAAAAGACCUUAAUUACAUUUUCUUGAGAUCACCAAAAAUCAUGGCAGAAGCAUCUAGUUUGGUGGGGAAGCUUGAGACAGAAGUGGAGAUCAAAGCUUCCGCUGGCAAGUUCCAUCACAUGUUUGUCGAGAGGCCACACCAUGUCUCCAAAGCAACUCCAGACAAAAUUCAUGGAUGUGAGCUGCACGAAGGUGAAUGGGGCAAAGUCGGCUCUAUCGUCAUCUGGAACUACGUUUUUGAUGGUAAGGCACGUAUGGUGAAGGAUAGGAUUGAGGCCGUGGAACCAGAGAAGAACUUGAUCAAGUUCAGGGUUAUAGAAGGUGAUUUGAUGGAAGAGUACAAGAGCUUUUUCGUCACAAUCCAAGUGACCCCUAAGCAUGGAGAGUCAGGGAGUGUGGUCCACUGGCACUUCGAGUAUGAGAAAAUAAACGAGGAGGUAGUUCAUCCUGAGAAUCUUCUUCAGUUUGCCGUCGGAAUGUCCAAAGAAAUCGAUGAACAUCUAUUGACCGAAGAAUAGAGGAUUACGUACCCUUCAUGUGUGUGUGUGUGCGAGUGCUAAGUACAUCUACUUAAUUAAGUACUUUUAUAAUGCAAUAAAUAAUGAGCAGUUAUAAUAAUUGGUGUGUCGAUCGCAUGUGUGUAAUGUAUAUGGAUACUACUACGGUCGAGUUGUGUUUGAAGUUUCUAAUUUGAAGCGACGUGUAGUAGUACUCUAUAACUAUGCGGCUACUUCAAGUUUAUAUAUGUAUAUAUUACUAUCCUCUUAUGACUGAAUGAUAAUAAAAGCAGUCCAUAUGUAUCACCCCA